AUGCACCGAGCACCCUUUGCAGCUCCUCCGCCUGCUCAAUCUCCUCCUCUUCACCACCCUGUUCCUCAACAUGUAUCUACUGUGCCUAUGAUGCGAUCACCCCCUCCACCGAUGUCUCAACAACCCCAGCAAUCGAGUUAUGGAAACCCGUAUCAACCAGCCCCCGCCCAGGGCGGCAGUGGCACAUAUGCCCCCAAUUUUGGCGGUUUUAUAUCGGAUCCCACUGCGCAAAUGGGCUUUCAGGUUGGAAAAUCAGCCGUGAUGGCUGGACAAGAGUAUAUGGAGCAAAACUUCAACCGAUAUGUGUCUAUUCCAGCGCUUAAGCACUACUUCAAUGUUUCCAACUCCUACGUUCUCAAAAAAAUAGCCCUCGUUCUUUUUCCCUGGCGCCAUAAGCCCUGGUCGCGACAGCAAGGACGAUUGCCCUCAGGCACCAGCGUAAACGGUCAUAUUUCACAGGCUCAAUACUCGUCGAUGUACCUCCCCCCUCGCGAUGAUCUCAAUUCACCCGACAUGUAUAUACCGGCCAUGGCGCUGGUGACUUAUAUCCUUCUUUCGACUGUACUAGCAGGGCUCCGCGGUAGUUUCCACCCGGAAUUGCUGGGCUCGAUAACGUCGACUGCAUUAGCAGUCGUUAUUUUUGAAAUAAUCUGCCUGAAAGUUGCCAUGUAUAUUCUCAGUAUCAGCAAUGAUUCUCAACUCCUCGAUCUUGUUGCCUAUUCUGGAUAUAAAUUCGUUGGCAUCAUCAUCACCCUGGUUGCCGCCGAAACGUUGAGCCCGGGCCGAGGCACGAGUGGCUGGGUUGGCUGGGCCGUAUUUACGUACACCUUCCUUGCCAAUGCCUUCUUUCUGCUACGGUCACUAAAAUACGUCCUGCUCCCCGACUCAUCAAGCGACGGUCCUAUUCGCGGUGGUACCAUGCCCACUGUUGCCCGCUCACAGAGAAAUAGACGUACACAGUUCCUCUUUAUCUACUCCUAUGUGAUACAAUUUCUCUUUAUGUGGAUCCUUAGUCGACUGGAUCCUGUUACGUCCAAGCCAGCUCCAAAAUUGAAGUCACCAAGUGUGCCAGUAUGA